AUGUAUCAGCGUUUUAAAAGCCUAAAGAGCAUUAGUCUCGCACCAAGAGCAUAUCUAAUUCAUCCUGUACGUCAUAUUUGCUUUGACAACAUAAACCAAUGCCUUUCCCUUCUUUUUUUUCAAAAUAGUCAAGGCCGCAUCUGUCGUAUUCUCUCCGAAGCCACUUCUCUCGUCAUGUGGAAGUUUGCUGCUUCCGUAGCCGGAGUAGGCGUUGGCCUUUAUGCCUUGAACAGAUUGUACUUCUCAGGCCCGAGGUGUCUGCUUCCAGGCAGACUGGACGGAAGACUAGCUAUAGUCACUGGAGCUAACAGCGGCAUUGGACGGGAGACCACAGCUGAGUUGGCCAGACGAGGAGCCCGUGUGAUCAUGGCGUGCCGCAAUCAGAAACGGGCCGAAGAAGCCAAAGCGGAUAUCCUAGCCCGCUAUGGAGAGGGCAGUCGACGGGCACUAACCCUUAAUGUUGCCAGUAGUUCGCUCAAGCAGUACCUCACGCCGGUAAAGCCAGAGCAGCUGAUCAUCGAAGAACUUGACCUCGCCUCUCUCCAAUCCGUGCGUGAUUUUGCUGCCCGAAUCUGCAAAGCCGAUACGCGUAUUGAUCUGCUAAUAAACAAUGCCGGCAUAAUGGCUUGCCCAUACACUCGGACUAGGGAUGGCUUUGAAAGUCAGGUUGGAACCAACCAUCUCGGCCAUUUCCUUCUCACGGAACUCCUCAUGCCAGCCAUAAAGCGUGCGUUUCCCGACCCGCGCAUAAUAAACGUGUCCUCCCUGGCUCAUGAACGUGUAGAGGUUAGAUGCGCCCGCUUAUGA